UAUUAUUAGAGCGAAGAAAGCCCCUUUUCAAUUUCGCUUCCCAAAGCGACGAGGGCUUCUCCAAUCAAUCAAUCUCUCUGCCGCCGCCCCCGCCGCCGCCGCCAUUUUUGCAGUACUCUACUUCUUCAACCUCGACCAACACUUUCUCUCUCUAAAAGAUGGCUGGGAAAUCUAACAAGUCAAAGAUAAAAGGAAAAACAUCAAAUUCAAAUCCACCCGAACAGAAUGUGAAGCCUCUAGAUCCUAAUGGUGAAGCUACUAACGGUGGAGCUAGUGAAGUUGGGGACUCCAACAAUCCUACGGCUAAUGGGACAGUUGAGAACGAGGUAGAGGACGGGAAGGAAGAUGCUGGGGACUCUGUGGCGGCGUCAUCCAAGAAAGCCGGAGGUGAACUUCGCCUUUACACCAUCCCUGUCAAGUCCCAGUCUGGAGAAAAGCUAGAGUUACAGCUGAGUCCAGGAGAUUCUGUAAUGGAUAUCAGACAGUUUCUUCUUGAUGCUCCAGAGACCUGCUUCUUUACAUGCUAUAACUUAAUACUACAUGCUAAAGAUGGCUCAGUUCACCAUCUGGGGGAUUACAAUGAAAUUUCAGAAGUGGCAGACAUUACUAUUGGUGGCUGCUCCUUAGAGAUGGUUGCUGCUUUGUAUGAUGAUAGAUCUAUAAGGUCUCAUGUCCGUCGCGCACGAGAACUGCUGUCUCUUUCCAAUCUCCAUGUCUCAUUAUCAACAUCGUUAGCCUUGCAACAUGAAAGUGCGCAACAAAAAAAUCAAGAUGCAAAAGUGGAAACUUCGGAGCCUGAAGUUUUGGGUUUUAUGGAAGAUAUAACUGGUUCUCUUUGCAAUUUGAUUGCAUCAUCACCUAAGGACAUCUACUGUGUGGAGAGCAUUACAUUCUCUUCAUUUAAUCCUCCUCCAAGUUAUAGGAGGCUUGUUGGAGAUUUAAUUUAUCUGGAUGCUGCAACCUUGGAAGGAAACAAAUAUUGCAUCACCGGAACGACCAAAGGUUUUUAUGUGAACUCAAGCACAGGAGUUUUUAACCCCAAACCUCUUAAGUCUGCUUUUGAGGCAACCACCCUUAUUGGUCUACUCCAAAAGAUCAGCAUGAAGUUCAAAAAAGGUUUUCGUGAAAUCUUGGAACGGAAAGCUUCUGCUCACCCUUUUGAAAAUGUUCAAUCUUUGUUGCCACCGAAUUUGUGGUUGGGUAUAUAUCCUGUCCCAGAUCAUAAGCGAGACGCAGCCAGAGCAGAGGAUGCACUUGCUCUUUCUUAUGGAAAUGAACUCAUUGGCAUGCAGAGAGACUGGAACGAGGAAUUACAGUCUUGUCGAGAGUUUCCUCAUACAACUCUUCAGGAAAGGAUCUUGCGUGAUCGUGCUCUUUAUAAGGUGAGUUGUGAUUUUGUUGAUGCGGCAUCUAAGGGUGCCAUUGGGGUUAUAAACAGAUGCAUUCCUCCAAUUAAUCCAACAGAUCCAGAGUGUUUCCAUAUGUAUGUUCACAACAACAUAUUCUUCAGCUUUGCUGUGGAUGCCGACCUUGGCCUGAUAUCUAAAGGACAAACGAGCACUGAUUUGAAAGUCACAGUUCUGCAAGGAAGUACAACACCUUUGCCUAAUUCAGCUGCGAAGGCCUCUAGUAAUUCAGAUCAUGGGUCCGGAUGUGAAACCAAUGGUGAAACUAAUGCUUGUACUUACGACAGCUCAAAAGCAGAAGUUGAGAGUUGUGCUGCUGAUGAUUCUGCUGCUACUGAAGCACAACUUGCAGACAGCGAGCAGGCUACAUAUGCUUCUGCUAAUAAUGAUUUAAAAGGAACAAGAGCUUACCAAGAAGCCGAUGUUCCUGGACUUUACAAUCUUGCCAUGGCAAUUGUGGAUUACCGAGGUCAUAGAGUAGUAGCACAGAGCAUUAUACCUGGCAUCCUUCAAGGUGAUAAAUCAGACUCCCUUCUAUAUGGUUCUGUUGACAAUGGAAAGAAAAUUUGUUGGAGCGAAUCCUUCCAUUCUAAGGUAUUAGAGGCUGCUAAACGUCUCCAUUUGAAGGAACACACUGUUUUAGAUGGUUCGGGCAAUGUUGUCAAACUAGCUGCUCCAGUUGAAUGCAAGGGUAUAGUUGGCAGCGAUGACAGGCAUUAUCUUUUGGAUUUAAUGAGGGUAACCCCUCGCGAUUCAAAUUACACUGGUCCCAGCUCUCGAUUUUGUGUUUUGAGGCCUGAGCUUGUCACUAUGUUUUGCCAGGAUGAAGCUACAGAGGUGUCACGGUCACAAGCUAAAACCGAAGUAGUUCCAAUAGCAUCGGAUUCUAAAAAUAGUGUAGCUGAUGCAACGGAAACACCAACAGAUGUGCAUAAAGAGAGUAGUGAAGGAUGCACAUCUGCUGCAGAUAGCAGUUGCAAAUCCUGUGCAGAAAUACUUUUGAAUCCCAAUGUAUUUACAGACUUUAAACUAGGAGGAAGCGAAGAGGAAAAUUCAGCAGAUGAAGCAAAUGUGAGAAAAGCCAGUUCAUACCUUCUGGAUGUUGUUCUUCCAAAAUUUGUCCAAGAUCUUUGUGCCCUUGAGGUUUCACCGAUGGAUGGCCAAACAUUGACUGAUACGCUCCAUGCCCAGGGGAUAAAUGUUCGCUACCUCGGAAAGGUAGCUAAUAUGACCAAACAUCUGCCACAUUUAUGGGAUUUAUGUACUACUGAGGUCAUCGUUAGGUCAACAAAACAUAUACUUAAGGAUACUCUUAGGGACUGCCAGGACCAUGAUCUUGCACCAGCUAUCUCACAUUUCUUCAAUUGUUUUUUUGGACUUAUAUUGACUCCUUCUGAGAAAGGUGCUACUGACUGUAUGCAAACAAAGCCUCAAAAGGACCACUCAGAUGUCCAGUCUGCACGCAAAUCAGGUAAAAGGCAAACAAAGUGGAGUUAUGGGACAGUUUCUAGGACAAGUCAAUCCGCAUACAUGUCUUUGACUUCUGAAGGACUCUGGUCAUGCAUUCAGGAAUUUGCAAAAUCUAAGUAUCAGUUUGAAUUACCAGAGGAUGCAAAGUCAAGAGUAAAGAAGGUUUCAGUUAUCCGAAAUCUUUGCCAAAAGGUAGGCAUAAAAAUUGCAUCACGGAAAUAUGAUCUUGGUUCUGCAUCACCCUUUCAAAGUUCAGAUGUUCUAGACCUCAUGCCAGUUGUUAAACAUUCAGUUCCGUUUUGUUCAGAAGCAAGGGAUAUAAUGGCAGCAGGGAAAAAUCGGCUUGCUGAGGGAUUAUUAAAUGAAGCCUACACUCUUUUUUCUGAAGCAUUUUCCAUACUUCAACAAGUCACAGGUCCGAUGCACAGAGAGGUUGCUAAUUGUUGCCGGUAUCUUGCCAUGGUUUUAUAUCAUGCAGGCGACCUGGCUGGAGCCAUUAUGCAGCAGCAUAAAGAGCUAAUCAUCAAUGAGCAUUGCCUUGGCCUUGAUCACCCUGAUACAGCCCACAGUUAUGGAAACAUGGCUCUCUUCUAUCACGGCCUCACUCAAACAGAGCUGGCUUUACGUCACAUGUCCAGAACACUGUUGUUGUUGAGCCUAUCAACAGGCCCUGACCAUCCUGAUGUUGCAGCAACUUAUAUAAACAUUGCAAUUAUGUAUCAGGAUCUUGGGAAAAUGGAUGCUGCACUGAGGUACUUGCAGGAAGCCUUAAAGAAGAACGAGAGGCUUCUUGGUCCAGAACAUAUUCAAACCGCAGUUUGUUACCAUGCUCUUGCAAUUGCAUUCAACUGUAUGGGAGCCUACAAGCUCUCUCUUCAGCAUGAGAAAAAAAACUAUGAUAUACUUUCUAAACAACUCGGGGAGGAGGAUUCACGGACGCGAGAGUCAGAGAAUUGGAUGAAGACAUUUAAGAUGCGUGAACUGCAGGUUAAAGCACAGAAACAGAAAGGUCAGGAGUUGGAUUCGGCUUCUGCCCAAAAGGCUAUUGAUAUUCUGAAGGCUCAUCCCAAUCUAAUACAAGCAUUACAAGCCACAAGCGGCGGAGGUGGCAGGAAUGCCAACCUAUUGAGAAACUGUCCCUCGAGGAAGAGAUGAGAGGGCCGCGCUGCUGCUGAAGCUCGAAAGAAAGCAGCAGCGAGAGGUCUCCUUGUUAGCCAGAAUAUUGCUCCCGUCCAACCUCUACCACUCGCUCAACUCCUCAACAUCAUCAACAAUACUUCAACAGCUACAGAAACUGCCCACUCAUCUGAAACGAAGGAUCCUAGUGACAACCCCACGCCAAAUGGUGCUGUUAUUGGUGACAAGGACACAAAUAGAUCGGCUGACAGCCAAACUCCUGCAGGCUUGGGCGGUGGGUUGGCUUCUCUUGAUUCCAAGAAGCAGAAACAAAAGGCGAAGAAUGCAGCAUGAACAAUCAGAAGCAUUUUAGAAAACAUGAUCACACGCCACAUUUUGAAAGUGCUUAAUAUGUUACGAUUCACAGCUGGGAGUUCUGUUGCUGGGGACCUCAGAUCCCAGAUGGUAUAAUUAAUAAGUGGCCGCUUGACAACUUUUUUUUGAUUUAAUUUUGUUACAUUUUCUCUUUGCAGGCCACAGUUGUUUUGUGCCUGUUUUACUCUGUAUACCGAAUUUAAAAGCAUGGCAGGGAGGGUGUUCAGCAUGUAAUAGAUGGGUAGAGUUCAUCUCAGCACUUUUUCUGUUGGAGAAUCCAGAAAUGUAGCUGAAAAUUGUUGAAGUUACAAAAUUUUUUUUCUUCUCUUCAUUCA